AUGUCGAAACGACACGAGCGCUCCAUGUCCCAUGAAGACGGGCUCAAGCACCCUUCAACCAAACGCGCCAAGGAGAUUGACGCACACCCGCCAUUGGAGGAGCUUGUAGAGAAGGUGAACAAACAGAAGAGCGAGCAAAAGGCCGCAAAUGUCUUGCACUGGUUCAGAAGCAAGGACAUCCGGGCUGAAGACAACCGGGCGCUAUCUGAGGCGUCCAGAAAGGCGAAGGAAGGCUCCGGACACCUUCUCACCUGCUUCUUGUGGUCGCCAAAAGAUCUCGAGUGGCACGGAACCAGCCCGGCAAGAACGGAUUUCGUGUUGGAGUCGCUAAGGAUACUUCAGGAACAGCUGCAUGGUAUGAACAUCCCAUUGGUGAUUUUGACCGCUGAGAAGAGGGGAGAAAAAGGCCAGAAGGUCCUGGAAUUCCUCCGGGAACAGAAGGUCAGCCACGUGUUCGCAAACAUUGAAUACGAGGUCGAUGAGCUCAGAAGAGACAUUGACUUUGUCGAUCAACUGGCGGACGGGGAACUGGGAGCAUCGCUCCAUGUGAGGCACGAUCAGACAGUGGUAGAGCCGAAGACCUUGAAGACCGGCUCAGGCGGUCCCAUUAAGGUCUUCACGCCCUAUCACAAGGCCUGGCUGGCUGAGGUGGCCAACGACUCAGAGCUCACCAGCAUAGUUGAUACACCGACUGCGAAUGACAAAAAGGCCAAGACAGACUUGAAGGAUCUCUUCAAUUCUGAGAUCCCUACAUUGCCGGAGUCAAAGCAGUUUGCGUCAACAAACGACAGGGAUCGUAUCCGGAAGCUGUGGCCAGCAGGCCAUGAGGCCGGAAUCAAGCGUCUGCAACACUUUCUCGGAAAGAAGGUCAAAACCUACAAGACGAACAGAUCUACGCCAGCCACCGACAACUCCAGCCGGCUCUCCCCUUAUUUCGCGUCUGGCGUCAUCUCAGUCCGCGAGGCACUGAAGGCGGCAACGGAAGCAAACGACGGGGACGACUUCGACUCAGGAGACGUGGGGAUAUCAAGCUGGGUACGCGAGAUCGUAUUCCGCGAGUUCUACAGGCACAUGCUCUCCAUCACGCCCCACGACGCGAUGAACCUCCCGCACAACCUCAAGUUCGACUUUGUCCAGUGGGAGGACGACGAGGAAGGGUGGAAGAAGUGGUGCGAGGGCAAAACCGGCAUGCCGUUUGUCGACGCGGGCAUGAGGCAGCUGCGGGAGGAGGCCUACAUGCACAACCGGCUGCGGAUGAACACGAGCAGCUACCUACGCACCAACCUGCUGAUCGACUACAGGAGGGGCGAGAGGUUCUUCGCCGAGACGCUGGUGGACUGGGACCUGAGCAACAACACGCAGGGGUGGGAGCCCAGUUAUACGGUGUUCAACCCCGUCGUGCAGGCGGAGAAGUGUGAUCCUGACGGGGAGUACAUCAGGAGGUGGGUGCCGGAGCUGAAAGAUGUCAAGGGCAAGGCUGUGUUUGACCCGCAUAGCCGGCUGAGCAAGGAGGAGUUUGAGAAACUCGGUUAUCCUGCACCGCAUGUCGAUUUCAAGGAAAGCAAGGACCGGUGUAUCCAGAGGUACAAGCAGGACAUGGCAGAUGCUGAUCCAUAG